AACGAUUCCAUCUGGACAAUUCACACUCAGAUAAAAUGGCUGCCAGAGCACAGAGUUCGCCUAAAAGCCUUUACAUUUUGACUUGCCUCGCUCUCGCCUGCAUGCAAUGUAAUGUAACAGCACAACAACAGCAGCGGCAGCAACAACACAAUAAUUCCGUUUAUUAUGCCCAGCACAACAAUUCCCACAGCCAAACCGGGCACACAUACAACACCCGAAAUAAAAGUGUUAACAUUGCAUUUCCAGAGGCUGUAGAAUACGCAGCGGCAUUGAACGCCAGCUCCAAUUAUGGUUAUGAUGAGUAUGAGGAUGAGUUGGAUAUUGGUUUGGGUGAUAAGGAUUUUGAAGUGUAUGAAUAUUUGCGACGUACCUCGGUUAUAUUUGGCGUGGCGAGUAUGGCGAAUGGCAGUAAUGUGAAUGUGGCUUGCAGUCGUCAGAUGAGACAAAUUCAACAUGGAAUUCUACGCAAAGAGCCUUGGGCCAUGAAGGUUCUGGACGCUUCCGCCACCAAACCCUCAGGUUUCGUCUUUGGCCAGAACUUUUGGUUGGGUAGCCGUGAGGCUUGUGGUGCCGUAAAGAAUCCGGUCGCCAUUACGCUCUCAAAGAAUUACCAGCGCAUCAUGCAUUUUGCCAUCAUCACGGAGCGCGCGCCCUUCGAUGUCGAUUAUCGUGUUGUAUACCUGCGUCAUCACUCACCCUGGCAGGUCGAGAUCAAGAUGAUGUCAGAGGAAAUUAUACACGUCGGACUCUGCUUGCCCACCGCCUGUGCAGCGCAUGAAAUUGAAGAGUUGACCGCGGCGUAUUUGGAGCGUGGUUUAUUCGUCGAAAAUGACAUCUACGACAUAAGACCCCAGGUGGUUUAUGUAAAAGAUCUAAAGUUGAGUGAUAGUUUCUUUGAGAAGCGUACAUUCAAAUUGAUGUCUGCAUGCCUGGCAUUCACAGGGUUAAUGUUUUUGGUAGCGGCUAUUUUGCGUAUUAAACCAUUGGUAGAGAAUAGAAGCGAGGAGGAGGCGAAUGUGAAAGAAAGUUCGAGUACUGUGAAGCAAGCGACGCCGUUCUCCCACGAAGUGACCAGUGAAUAUCCGAACGCUGUCGUAUCAUCAAGCCAUUACAGCGCGCUCACUAAUAUUCGUAGUUUUGCCAAAUGUUUUGAUGUCAUCGAUAAUUAUGACAAAAUGUUUACACUGAAGCAAUGUGUCACGCGGGAGAUCCCGGUCAUCAAUGGUUUGCGUUCCGUUUCUGCAAUUUGGAUUGUGUUGUUCCAUGUGACUUGGUAUAUGUAUUUUACGGUGAAUAAUAAGGCCUUCCUUAUUUCUUACGCUGAGCGUAUUUUCUUUCAAUAUGUCAGCUCUGCGCCGCUCCUAGUGGAUGUCUUCUUCACUAUAAGUGGUUUCCUACAGACCUACAACUUCAUGCGAAAUGUCAAGCAACUGGAGACGAUCCGUUCAAAUAAUUUAAUGCAAAACGUCAAGCAGUUCUUCAAGAUGCUCUUCCAUCGCUACCUCAGACUCGGACCACUCUAUCUCGUUAUGAUGGGUACAGUGGACCUAUUCUACGCCUAUAUCGCAGACGUCUCGGUUUAUCACAUCAGCGAACGGUUCGAUGAGAAAUGUGCACAAUAUUGGUGGCGUAAUUUACUCUUCAUACAAAAUCUAUUCAGUCACAAUGAUAUGUGUCUGAAUUGGACCUGGUCGUUGGCGUGUGAAAUGCAGUAUUUCGUUUUAGCGACGAUUUUGCUAUUUACCUAUGCCAAAAAUCCACGCUUGGUCAAAGGCUUCACGGCGGCCAUAUUUGUUGGCACUAUAAUGUGGAGUUACUCCAUUGGCUUGGGCGCAAAAUUUCAAUUGUCCUUUGACUCGGCCUUUGCCACAGGCACUGAGAUCUACAUAAGUCCUUUCGUACGCGUUCUGCCUUACGUGUUGGGUGCUGCGACGGCUUGGUAUAUAUUGCAAAAUCAAAUGAAAAUCGACAUUAGCGAGCUCAAGGAGAAAUGCAUAUGGAACUUAGCCAUUUUGGUAUUCUUCUCCUGCAUCUAUUCGACCAUCAAGCGUGAUAUGUCUGUGCUGUCGGCGAUUUCUCUUUUCAUUAUCGGACGUUUGCUCUUCUCACUCAGCGUAUGUUGGAUGAUUGUUGGCAGUGCGACGGGCAGAGGUGUUUGGUGGUCGCGAAUUUUAGAGGCAAAGGUCUUCCAACACAUUAAUCGGGUGUCAUAUGCCAUUUAUUUGUUGAAUCCCUUCGUAAUUGCGUUCUUCUUUAGUCUGACGAAUGCAAGUACGCAUGCGGAUCCGCUGAUGUUGUGCGUUCUCACAUCCGGCUUUGUUGUUAUCGUUUAUCUCGCCUCAGUGGUCUUUUCGCUGGCUUUCGAAAUGCCCUACUGCAAUUGGUCCAGUUUGAUGUUGAAACGUGGCAGCAAGCAGAAGUGUCUUUGAUUGCGCCACCAAUUACUUAGCGGUGUAGAAUAUGAAUUAUUAUAGUAAUGUUGUAAAUAUUAUGUUUCUUUCUGGCUAUUGUAUGGUGGAAAGGCUCUUUUGUUCGACAAAAACUGAAAACCGCGUAUAUUCAGUAUGCGUAUACGCUUGGUUUUUCAGAUUUUCAUUGUCUAUAAUUCUAUAUUUUUAUUUUAAUUUUACAUUUUAUAUUUAAUUGAUUGUGAUCGUAAUCCAUCCAGUUUGGUAUUUACACAUAGUAUAUGUAUGUUUGAAAAUAUAUUUAAUUCACUUAGGGUAAUAAUGGCAAGUGCUCACGGCCCAUUAUUAUAUACUAUAUAUAUGUACAUAUAUGUAAACAAGCGUAUGAAUAUGUUGGCACAUGCAUAUGUAAACUUAUACAAUAUUAUUAUAAUUUCGUAGGUGAAUUUAGUAGAUGGUAUUUAAUAUUUCUUAACUAGUAUAAGCGCAGGGAAGUUAGAUUAAAAUAAAUUUUAAGUUUGUAAAAAGGAUUUUAAAAUAAAUU